AUGAGAAGGAGACCUGGUAUUGGUGGGUUACAAACAGCAGCUGCUGCAAGGGAUCAUUAUCGAUUACUGGGAGAAAAUGUAGCAAAGCUAAGAACUGAUCUUAUGAAAGAACAGCUUGCCACUUUUCGUUCUCAGCUUGAAGAAUUUGCCCGCAAACACAAGAAUGAUAUUCGAAAGAACCCAACUUUCAGGGCGCAAUUCCAUGAGAUGUGUGCUAAAGUUGGGGUGGAUCCUUUGGCAUCGAAUAAGGGUUUUUGGGCAGAGCUGUUAGGGAUUGGUGACUUCUAUUAUGAACUUGGAGUGCAAAUUGUCGAGAUAUGCUUGGCAACAAGACCUCACAACGGAGGUUUGAUCAACCUGCAUGAACUCUGCACUCUGCUUCGCCAGAAACGAAAAAGUGAUCGUGAAGCUGUGUCGGAGGAUGACUGUUUGCGUGCUAUAAGUAAGCUGAAGAUAUUGGGUAGUGGUUUUGAGGUGAUUUCUGUUGGGAAAAGAAAGUUUGUUCGAUCAGUUCCAACUGAAUUGAACAAAGACCAUAAUGAAAUUCUGGAGCUGGCUCAGGCUCAAGGUUUUGUGACUGUUGAUGAGGUAGAGAGACGGCUUUCUUGGACAUCUGGUCGUGCUACCGAUGCCCUUGAUACUUUAUUAGAUGAAGGACUUGCUAUGAUUGACGAUGGCCAUAGAGACGGCAAACGCCGCUAUUGGUUCCCCUGUGUGUCUUCCAUCUCCUCUUCAGUGGGUUCUGAUAUGUAA